AUGCCUAUGCUACACCCCUCAAUCGAGAACCCUUCACCUCAGUUGUUGAAGUCAAGCCCAGAGCGAGCCCUCGAGGAUGGACAGUGGAAACCAAAGUUUGCCCAUAUGACACGCUCUCGGCAUGGGAUGUCACUCCCCUCUUGGAUGGUUCCCUUCCUGCCCACACUCCUUACUGGGCGGACAAAUAGCGACAACAAUGUGAAUGAAAAGCAACGGUUAAUUAGCAGCAGGCCGACCGCAUACCUAGAUGGACUGCGAGGUUUUGCGGCUCUACUAGUCUACUGGGGACAUCAUCAACUUUGGGCCCACGAUGGCGGAGGGGUGGGAAAUGCCCUCGAGCUGGCCUACGGUUACGACGACAAGUACUAUUUCGCAUGCCUUCCUGGUAUUCGAACACUGUUUUCGGGGGGGCAUUUUGCCGUCAGCGUCUUUUUCGUGCUCUCUGGGUACGUUCUUUCAAUGAGGCCACUGGUAAACAUCCAGGAUGGCGAUUACGUUGGACUAGGUAAAUGCCUUUCCUCGGCCGUAUUUCGCCGAUGGUUUCGUCUAUAUAUUCCUGUCAUUUGCACAACAUUAUUCUACAUUACAUUUUUGCACUUGUUUAAGAUCACCGCUAUCCCAGAGCUUCAAGGAAGCUACCGCUCGGAGCUAUGGAAUUGGUACGCCGAGUUCAAGAAUUUCAGUUUCCCUCUCCGAACAGGCGGCGAGCCCUGGUUCACAUACAAUUUCCAUGCUUGGUCUAUCCCCGUCGAACAUCGAGGCUCUCUGGCUGUCUACACCGCCGUUCUCGCCUUUUCAAGAUUACACCGCAAUGCCCGGCUCCUAGGCGAAGUCGCGUUGGUUGUGUACUUUUUGUACAUUGCGGAUGGAGCACACUAUGCUAUGUUUAUUGCCGGCAUGCUUCUAAAAGAUCUCGACCUCCUCGCCAUACGAAAUGACUUGCCCCGCUUCUUUCUCAGACUGGUUCCCUUCAAGGCAACCAUCAUGACUGUUCUCUUCUAUGCAAGCCUUUAUCUUGGAGGGGUCCCCUCACAUACGGACAAUUUGCAACAAUUACGUGACUCAUCAGGGUGGUACCUCUUAUCCUUCCUAAAGCCACAGGCAGUGUUCGAUUACAAGUGGUUCUACCUGUUCUGGGCCGCUGUCUUUCUCGUCACAUGCACAUCUCAUCUUCAGUGGCUCAAGACAUUCUUUAACGCCCCAUUCAACCAGUACUUGGGCCGUAUUUCGUUUGCAUUCUAUCUGGUUCACGGACCGGUUCUGUGGACUUUUGGCGACAGGCUCUAUGCUGCAGUGGGUUUCGUACGCGAUUCACACCAUGAGAAUUGUCCCUGGUGGAUUAAUCGCCUCCCCUUGCCUAACGUUGGUCCUCUUGGGCUUGAAGUCAACUUUCUCGCCGCGAAUCUGGUUCUGUUGCCCUUGACUAUCUGGCUGGCAGAGGUCACGACUAGACUAGUUGAUGAGCCGGCGGUGAAGUUCUCUCAGUGGAUCUACCAAAGGGCGCUGAAUGACAAAACCUGA